GGGUCGGGCUUUCGGUAGUCCCUCUCUGAAUGAAACAAGCUUUUGGAUAGCGGACAUUGUGGUUCUGGGUAUUAAGUGUCAUCGACGAAUGACCUUCCGCCGGCUUGAGCCGAAAUGUCGCCGGUUUCCUUGACGCUAUUGAUGAAGCACUGGAUGUGAAAACAGCGCCAUUUCUAUCGGCGUCCAUGAUACGCGAUGCUACCGCAGCGGAUUCCAGAGCUCGAGCUCGGAACGGCAGCGGGAGAGAAAUAGCCGCUCCCCUUCCUCCUUUACUUCAGCCCACGGCAGGUUUUGCCGUUGAAGUAAAACAAAGCCCCAAAAUGGACUCUUCUGACUGAGAGGCAAACACGUCCCGUGUUUUGCUCAGCAGCUGAGAUCUAUCAGCAGUACAAGCCAUGCCUGACGAAUAAAGUCCCCUUUUUGCUCAAAGCAAUAAUACAGAAAAACAACCAUCCUACAUGCCUCUCCAUGUAGAGCCCCCUCAGUGCACCCUGCUGGAGUGACUGCUCCCUCAUCCCAAGGCCUCAUCUGCCUCGUCCUAUCUCUGUACCCGCCUCCACCGACCACCCUACAGUAACUACCCAUCACAAUGUCGCUUCACCUGAGAAUGGCCAACACCUGAGGUCCCAUGCGUCCAGUGAGCACCGAUUCAGACGGUCCUGCUCCUUCUGAAAACCUCUCUUGCCCCUACCCCUUUGUGGGCCCCCUGUCUGCCUCAGAGAUGUCCCUGCUCCAGUCGCUGGGUCCAGUACAAAGCUGGCUCGGCCAGGAGCUUGAGAAGUGCGGGAUUGAUGCCAUGAUCUAUACCCGCUACGUCCUCAGCCUUCUCCUGCAUGACAGUUACGACUACGACCUGCAGGACCAGGAAAACGACAUCUUCUUGGGCUGGGAAAAGGGAACGGGGAAGAAAUGGGGCAAGAGUAAGAAGAAAGGAGGGACCGACCUGAGUCUUGAGGAAAUGAAGAAGCAAGCUGCUGUGCAAUGCCUCCGCUCUGCAUCUGAUGAAAACUCUGGAAUUGAGAGCCUGGUUGAAGAGCUUUGCUCCAAACUAAAGGACAUCCAAAACAAACAGAAAGAGGAAAAACAGAUCCAAAAGAAAUCUGAUGGCUCUCAGUCUCCAGAGCGAGCUGAGUCCCCCUCUUCCAAGGACCAGGUGGAAAUGUAUUAUGAAGCCUUUCCUCCUUUGUCAGAGAAAGCUGUUUGUCUCCAAGAGAUCAUGACGGUGUGGAACAAGGCCAAGGCCUGCACAUACUCAAGCUCAUCAUCUUCCGCAGCUCCACAGACCAGCACAGACACCUCCUCCCCAAAAGAUUGCAACAGCGAAGGAGAGACUGCAAAGGAGCGACACCUGGAAGCAUGUGGCUCCAUCACUGCUGUGACCAACGAAAGAGGCCAGCUGCGACGAAGCAAGAAGGAGAAAGAAAAUCGAUACCACGGUGGUGGUGGAGGUGGUGGUGGUAGUGGUGCAGCAGCAGAGGAGGAGAAACCAGCCGUCCACUCGAGGAGACAGACGAGACACAGAUCUGAGGGCAAAUACAGACCCAGAUCCUGGUCCUCUGGCUCUAGCGAGGCGGGCUCAAGCUCAAGUGGGAACCAGGGUGACUUGAAGUCAUCCAGAAGCAAGGCAAUUAGAAUCAGGCACAAAUCCAGGGAGGCUUCAAAGAGUAAGAGAACACGCAACAGCGGGCAGGUGAAGCUUCAGGUGAAGGGGAUUGACAGAGAGGAGCGAAGAAACGCAGCAGGGAGCAGCAGCAGCGCCACUGGAGGCGCUGCCAAACAACCACAGCUCUACAAAAAGGGGAAGAGACCUCUGAAAGAGAUUCGUAAAGAUCCAGGCUGGAAGGAGGCAAAAGAGUCCGCAGCUGAGGCCACAAAAAAAAAGGAAUACAUGGAGGAGCCACUUUGGUACACUGAGCCCAUCACAGACUAUUUUGUACCUUUCAGCAGCAGACAAAGCAAGCUGGAAACAAAAUAUCGGAACAAGGUAAGCUCCCCUGAUGGCUUUGCUCUGGCAACCGACACAGAGAGGCUGCCGGAGAGAAUCCAGGGCAUCUGCUUCGCCAACGAGAGCUACCAGAGAGCAUACCUAGCAGCAGGCUCGUUUGUAGAUGGCCACUUUGUGGAAGGGCCCGGCGAGGAAGAAGAUGAAACCGUUGAACUCACUGGGACCUCGAGCUGCCCUCAGCCAGAGGAUAGUAGAGAUUUAGAUGACAAGCAUCUGUCAGAAUUCACUCACUUCUAUGAAGUUGACAUUUAUCAAUCCAUAUUGGAUACUAGUGCCUCAGACUCUAUACAAGAGAGUCGGAUCUUAAGCAUGAUUCGACAAAAAAGCAAAGAGCAAGGAGACAUAGAGGCAGAAUGUUGUUUAGUGUUAGAUGGCCUUGAGCGGCAAGGGAAAAGUGCAAUAUGGGCCGACUCGCAGGAAGCUCCGGGAUCUUUGGGAUUCUUAAUUGAGGACCUGGAAAAGGUGGCUCCAGUGUGGGGAUGUUAUUCGCCAUCUACUUCAGAGGACAUAGACGGGGAAAGCUUUGUGGGAGACUCUCCCGUCCGACUCUCCCCACUCCUCGAUAGCGUUUCAUUCACCCUGAGCAAGCUGUCUGGAAAUGUGGAGGAGCCCGUCAUCUCUGAAGCCACUAGUGAGCCAUCCGGUUUAAACUCGUCCUGCUUCUCUCUUUUCGAGCUGCAGUACGACAGCCCCACUCUCCCUUUUACCCGCGACUCGCUCGCCGCCGGUCACGAAAACAACACCGAUUCUAGCAGCUGUCUCGACCCGCUUUCUAACAAACAGUCUCGUUUGCUAAUAUGGACCAAAAAUAGUGCCUUUGACGAAACUGAACACUGUUCUAAUCUUUCGACGCGAACUUGCAGUCCGUGGUCCCAUUCGGAGGAGACUCGGUCCGACAACGAGCAAGGAAACGUUCCGACGGAGGAGGCCGCUCUGAUUGCCAACGAGGAGAUCGACUGCAUCAUCCCUCCUAUUUCUGGUACAUAUCUGGAGGAUGAAAUCUUGGAUUUUUUGCAAGCCAACUCUGGCCCUCAGUGUGACGAGGUCAGCGGCAGCACAGCACCCAACAAGACCCUCACCAAAAAAUCCAAACUGGAGUCCAUUUGUGGUAUCGCGUUGGAAGAGGAUGACAGUAAGCAGUACAGCACUGGCAUGUUUUCGGACAAUGCAAGCCAACACAGUGAUGACUACAGCUCAGGGAUCAUAAAGGACAUCUGGACGGCUCUCGGAGAUGACAAAUCUGCGCCUUCGAAGCCGGGAUCAGAACAAGCGAGUGGCGAGGGGCUGUUCUCUGAUGAGUCAGGCGGUUACUGCUGCAGCUGUCUGGAAGUGCAGGCUAAAGAAGUUCCUAUUCGGGGGCCUCAGAAAAAAGCAGUGCAGAGGUCAGAGUAUCACCUCUGGGAGGGCAAGAAAGAACAAGACUCGGCGAAAAACAAACUCUCCAAGGUAGACGGCGCUGGGGAUUACAUGACUCCGUCCAAGCCCUGGGACUUGACCGCCGACAAGGAGAGCACGUCGUUCAUCCUCGGAGGGGUGUACGGCGAGCUGAAGACGCUGAGCGGCGAUAAGAACUGGGCUGUCGUGCCGCCAAAUGACAACCAAGGCAGCCUGCUGCAGUGUGCCGCUGCAGCCGCAGCUGCGUCUGCUUCCGGCUCCGAUAUGCUCACCAUCACCGGCACGGACGUGUUCAUGAACGCCGGCAGCUGCUUUGCCCCCGGGCACAGGCCCCUGUGGAGGCCCCUCGUGUCUUUCGGGCAGAGUGACCAGGCCAUGAAAGCAGGCGGAGACGGAUUGAAUAAGGGAUUUUCUUUCAUCUUCCAUGAAGAUUUGCUUGGAUCUUGCGGAGGCUUGCAAAGUGAGGAGCACGGUUUGGAGUACCCGUUUGCGUCCUUCAACCUGAACAAUCCCUUCUCUCAAGUCCUCCACGUCGAGUGUUCUUUUGAGCCCGAGGACAUGGCUUCGUUCAGCCCGGGGUUCAAGCCCAAAUCCAUUCUUUGCUCGGACUCUGAGAACGAAGCCUUCCACCCGCGAAUAUAUGGCAUCAACCGGACGCAGUACAGGGCCAUCCGCAUUUCCCCCAGGACUCAUUUCCGACCGAUAUCGGCCUCUGAGUUAUCUCCUGGUGGAGUGAGUGAUUCGGAGGCGGAGACCGACAAAGAGCAGCCGAGUUAUCCCGUCCAGGCGCCGAUGGACGCCUUCGAUGAUCCCCAGGCAGAUCUCAAACCUCUGGAAGAGGAUGCGGAAUGUGAGGGCCCUUAUUACGGGAAGUCCGAACUGGAAUCUGGUAAAUUCUUACCCAGACUAAAGAAGUCUGGCAUGGAGAAGAGUGCCCAGACCUCUCUGGAUUCACAGGAGGGCUCCGGUACCCUCCCACCAAUUGCGGAGCAGGAGAUUUGCUUGGACUGCGAAGCGGCAGCGGCCGCACCCACUGCAGGUGGAGAGACGGACGUCUCCGUCGGCAAGGUCCAAAGAGAGCAAUCUGCAGGAGAAAAGCAGUCCUGUUCAUCGGCACCCGGAGGUCACAUCCCCAAGUAUGGGAUUGCUUAUGACUUUGUUGGAGAUGUGUCAGAGUUCCCCCUCAGCCACCAGGACGAGUGCUGGUGGCAGAACACGCUCUGUUCCCCCCUUUUCCCUGGAUCCCAGUGCACAGGGAGCAGCAACAUUUGAAUUCUCCAGUUUUGCAGAGGACGUCCGUCACAAGGGGGAACUCAUCCUCUCCUUUGGUGACUGGACAUCUACCAGCAAAGAUUCAGGGUCAUCUCAGAGCUGGAAAACCUGAUGUAGGCUAACUAUCUGACAUAUCCCUCCAAAAAAAAAGAAGAAAAAAAAAAACACUCAUAACC